AGCUCCAUCAACAACAUUAACCUGGUUUCAUUGAAAAAAUCUACAGAUAUACUGAACUGCUGUUCUCUGAUUGGACAUUAGAUGCACACCUAUUAAGAACAGACAUCUUGGAAAAGACGCCUCUUAGCUGCAAUUUAAAGGUCCACACUUUUCCGACAACUUACCGCUUCUCCGAAUGCAAUACAGACCUUGUCAAAAACAUUUGAGAUUGGAAUCUGAUCAUUCGAUGUAAAGUAGUUGCUUACUUGGAACAAAUGAAAUCAUACUAAAUAUACAACAAUUUUGACGUCAUUGUAAAUGAAGACGAACCUGUCUAGAACCGGACGUUUACGAAAAAAACUGUCUUAAAACGAGAAAAUAGUGAUAAAGAUUUCAGAUUCAGCGAUAAGUCACGGGAUGAACACUAGUAGUUCACAAAACGAAACGGUUACGAAUGAACCGCGUUCGACUAUUGAAGUAACAUUACUUGUGAGUUUAUAUGUGGGACUAUCACUGACUGUUAUAACUGGUAAUUCUCUUAUCAUUGCAAGUUAUACCAUCAACGCUAAACUUCGUAAAGGAAUUACAGUAUUUUUUGUAAGUCUUGCUAUAUCAGACUUAUGUGUCGGGUUGGUACCAAUCCCGUAUUGGAUCACUGUUCUUCUUUAUCCAUCGAUAAGGACAUCAUGGAAUCGCAUCCUUAGUGUCUUCGACAUCUUUGGUGCAUUGGCUUCGAUAUUCAAUCUCGUUGCGAUUAGUAUUGAACGUCGCGUUGUGUUGUCAGCGAACUCGAAGAUGCUAUUUCCACAUGGCAGACUUAAAAGACUUAAUGUUACAAUGAUUUGUAUUGCGUGGUUUGUGGCGUUGGUUAUAUCUGUUUGCUGGCUUGUUCUCAAGGAGACUGUCGCAAGAGCACUUGUCGUAUUUUUAGGUGGUUUUGCGAUUCCAUUAGUCGUCCUGGUGAUGAUUUAUUUUGAUAUCUAUCGACGCGUGAAAGAAACUCAAGAAAGAUUCCCUCGACACGGUACGAAGGAGGAGGGUAAAACUGCUUACACCGUAUUCAUCAUCACAGCGCUGUUUGUAAUCGCAUGGAUGCCUUUUUUUGUAUGUUCAAUCAUCUCAACAUUCAAAGAAUCUCUUCUACCUAUCGGUCAAAAUCAACGUCGACUAGUUGACUUUGUUAAAUGGAUGCAUUAUAGCAAUAGUGCAGUCAACCCUUUUGUCUACGCCUAUCGCAACGAUGUGAUGCACCAGACCAUGUUAAGUAUUUUCCACCGAAUUGCAAACACUGUGUUAUGUUCUGGUCCAUCAAAACAAAAAGAUGUUCUUCUGCAAAUGAUUUGAACACAACCUAUACAUCAGGUACUCUGGUUAUUGCGAUCAAUCAAACCCUUGGAAUAGUUAGUUUAUCAUAAAAGGUUUUCUGGCCUCCAAUUGCUGCACUUAUCACGCUGUUCGCUGUGAAUGGAAAUAUAGACAAAAAUAAUUGAGAGAGAACCAACCGCUGGGACUAGCAAUAUCUGAUUUUGUUCUCAUUACAAUGAAUGAGUUUCCAGUAAUUUGAUCCCUCGCCAAACGCAAUCCAUGCAUGCAUUGCGUUUGGCGAGGGAUCAAAUUACUGGAAACUCAUUCAUUAGUUUUGAUUACAAAUCAAGUAUUAUCGCCGAAUUCGCCGCAAACUUGACUCAUAAAAAAAUCACGUACAUCCUAAACGAUUUAUAUCAUGAAAAUAUUAUGAAAAAAACUAAGAAUUAGUAAACAUCCCUUAGAAAUGGAAAAUGGGAAGGAAAAAAGUCCUUACUUUCUCUUCACGUCUCAGGUGAAGAUUUUAAAAGUGAAAAUGAAAUCGUAAUAGAUUCCCGAGGUCUAUACAAAAAACUAUGACAAAAUGAUACAUUUAUGAAUUGAGGACCUCACGGUAGUGUCUAACAUUCCUAAUGGAAAUGUGAAACAAUUAGAGAAAUUUGAUUUUUGUUGACAUCAUAUAUUUGUUAUAUAUUUAUCACUGUAAAUUGUUUAAUCAGUUUAUUAGCUGUAAACCACAAUGAAUGACAUCUGUUUGUCUGGGGUGUGUAUGGGGGUGUGUUCCGCCAGAUAUGCUGAUAUCACGCUGGGGGCGGCCUAAGGGCUCUCACCAUUUCAGCAGUGAUACAAUCUAAUUAUAGGUUUUCUUAUCGUGCAUUUAUCAAAUGAUUGAAACACCUUCAAUAUUAUUAACUGAU